CUUUUUUCUCUCUCUUUUUCUUAUUAUUAUUAUAUAUGGCACAUUCCAAUACGAAAUCAAAAACAAGCGAACCAGAUACCCAAGCUAAUCAAGUAUUGAAAACGCAGAUCGAUGUCUCCAUUGAUGCGGCAAGGUCACUAAUACAUUCCUGGUUACCGCCACCCAAACCUGGAGAAAAAAUGGACGAUGAUCAAGAUCAAGAAAUACUUUUUGAAAAAUUUUCCACUGGUCGACCUGACAGACUUGGACUAGGUGCAAAAUAUUUAUCACACAAUGAAGCCAUGAAAUUAAACACAACAACAGGAGGAGCAACAUCAAAACAACAAAUACAAUUGAAAAACAAAAUCUUGAAUCAAAACCAACGAGCAGCUUCCAAACGAAACCAUGGCAACAAUGAAUCACCGAAUUCUGCUAACAAACGAUCAAGGACCUAUGCUGAAGACGAUGAUGAUAGUGAUGACAAUGACAGGAAAGCAACCACUAGCAAAAAGAAGAAGACCAUAGGUGGACAAGGCGACUUCUUAUCCAUGUACUUAAAUGAACGAUCCAGCAAGAAAAAGAACAAGGCAAAAAAAUAGUCUAGGUAUUCCUUUUUUUUUUUUUUUUAGAUAGAACAUGUGUAUAUAGUUUCAAGUAUAUUCCCCCCUCGAUAUUUUUUUUAUCAAUAAACUUUCUGGUAGUCCCUUCGAGCAUUUUGAAAUCAG